UUAUCUGCAGUUUCCUCCCUUGUUUCUAUUCUUCCUGCGACGAUCAGAAGCCAAAUGAUGGUGAGACUAGGAGAAGAGAAAAAAGUUGAUAAAUCUGGUCAAGUUAUACGCGAGGUUGUGAUUAAUUCAAGAGAAGAGGUUGCUGAAUGCAUGCGGAAAGUUGUGAGGCGUAGGGUUAUGAUUUCAAGUGCAAGGCGGACUGUCUCUGGAAUACUGACUGUUGGUGCUGUUCAUGUAGUUAGAUAUCUUGCAAAUAAGAUUCACAAGGCUUGGAAAUCAUGGACACGGACUUUCAGUCUCUCCUAUUUUGGUUUUUUUCUCCAUCCAAGUGGGUUAAUUUCUUGUGGACUGAAACCCUGACAAGAAAGUACAACAUCAGCUUGAUUUCCUUCAAUAGGAGGUGUUCUAAAACAAAGGCUAAAUGGGCUGUCUUGAAGUGCACUAUAUUUUUGGAAAACUCUUGAGAGGAAAUGAAUGAUUCCUGUAGGACGGAAAAGAAAGUUUUGCAUCUUUAAUAUAAGGGUCAUUUUUUCUAUUUGUAUUUUUAAUAUUUGAAUCGUUUUUUUUCUCUUUGGGGUAAGAAGAAUCAUUUUUUUUUUUCUUUAAUUUUGUAAAUUAUAUAGGCCUUUUUUUAUAUAUUUUUUUUACCUUGCAAUUUAUUGAGAAAUAACUUGCAUAUUCGGGUUGUAAUGACUUCUUUAGUGCAGAGAGUGCUUGUUAGUUUGAAUAUUUAUUUAAAAUAUGGUUGAGGGUUCAAGUUCUUGCAUAAACAAAAAUAAAAAAGAAUGUGAGUUUUUUAUUUUCAAA